CGGUCUGUGGCUGGGGGCAGCGGGGGGAUGCUGCGGGCUGUGACGGGGCUGGAGGCGGUGCGGCUGCCGGCGUGGGCAGCCUUUGAGGAUGGGGCUAAACACCGGGAUGUCCUGGCUCUGGACACAGAAGUGGGGCUGGAUGCUGCUGAAGCGGGGGAGCGGGCGCUGUGCAGCCACCGGAGGGUGCCACAGGGCUGCGCCGGGGGGCCUGGACCUGGCGGGGGAAGGCCUCGUCUUUGCCCGGGGUGGGGCCAAAUCCGAGGAUCCCCACCCCUCGGUGUGAUGUUGCCAGUGCUUCUGUCUGUGCUGGUUGCUGUCCCGUUCCCAUGGGCUCGGUGCCGCGCCGUGAGCAGGGCGAGGGCUGGAUCCCAGGGCCCGGCUGGGCAGGAGAAAGUUGCGUGGCUCUGCUGGAGCCUCGUGUCUGUCGUUACGCUGCUCUCUUCAGCCAGGUGCCUGGGGACAGCGGGUCUUGCUCUGGAGCGGGCUCCUGCCUCCCCUGUGGGUUCCCUGCCCAGCAGCUGCCGCUGCUGUAGGUGAGGAAGUUUCUCUGUGGGACAGGAAAGUGCUGUGUCUUUGGAGGAAAGGGUUGACCUCAACAGCUGCUUCUGGCUGCUGUGAUUUGUCUUUUACCACACUGACAAAACAGGGACGUGUGCCAUCCAAAGGCUGAACGGCAGGAAGUUGUUGCUCUAUUUUGCACCUGCUGAGCUUCAAGGAAAAGCUCUUGGCAUACAAAAGGGGAAAUGUGGAGAAGAGGGUGAUGCAGAUGUUUGCAUAUCCCACCUCUGCCAUACCAGGGCAGGAGCCAUGUCUGUGACCUGGAAUGGGCUGCUGGGUGUGGGGUCCUCAUGUCCAGUAGAUCCCAACUUUGGGGUCAACCCCACACUCCUCAGGCCCAGGGUGGAGGAGAGCCCUGGCUUCUUCGGGCAGCCCAUGUGGAUGGUGCAGUUUCUGCCCUCACACUCCCUGCUGCUCCCCAGGGGCUGUGUUGGUGGGCACCUCAGCGCAGUGGGACGAUCCCUGCUGGAGGCACCCUGAGCUCUGGCACCGGUGCCUGGCACCAGACCAAGGCAAGUGCUUGGCCCAAGCUCAGAACGUGCCUUGGCAGGACCCCGGGGCAGCCUCGCUGCUUAAUAUUGAUGGGUAUUGCCUGCACAGAGGCCAGGGGGCCCCAGCCCUGCAGAUCGUUUUCCCAUGUGCUGGGCCAGAUCAGGUUCCUCAUCACUCCCAGCAAAGCUCUCAGGCAGGACAAGGGGCUCAGCGGGCAGGGGAGCACUGGCCCGGGGCUGUCCCUGGGCCUCUCAUUUGCUAGUGUGUGGUACUGUUCAAUGAUUCAGGCAAGGAGAAAGAGGAAAUGUUGGGACUCUUGGAGUGAGGCUGUGAGGUUGGGAAGGUGGCCUCUACCAGCUUGGUCCAGAAGUUGAGGUGAAGGGAAGUAGUAUCCUUCACUUUAAGGAGGGGCUAGGGGAGGAGGGGUAAUCCUGUACUGUCUCCUCCACAUUUUCCUUGUGUGGAUUCCCCUGUUCAUGAACAUGUUGGGAAGGGCUGAAAUCAUCUCUGGAAAUGGCCCAGCAUCCUGGAUGUUCAUGCCUUCUCUGGUUUCCUCUGAGUCAGACUCUCCGUGUCGCUCCCCCGGCCCCCUCCCCGCUGGGAAAGACGAGAUGGGACCAGAGAGCACCUGAGCCCAGAUGCUGAGGGGCCUGUGCCCCCUGCUCCGUGCAAAGAGACAUCCCGGCGACAGCGGCCCCGCAGCCUGCAGGAGCCUGGGCUCAGCUUCUCCAGCUCGGCAUCCUUGUCAGUUCAGGGAACUGCACUACCGGCAUCAGCACGGCCGGGAGGGGAAGCCCUUCCCGAGGCACAGCCAGGCAGCAGGGUGCCCUGCCCACGCCGAGCUCCUGUCCCCCCAGGCGUGGUGUGGCGGGGAUGAGGAGCCGGCAGCGGAUGUUCGCCGCGGUGAUGCGCCUGCUCCUCAAGUGCCUGCGGCUGGGGCGGCGGCGGCGGUUCAAGCUGGUGCGGCAGGUGGAGCAGCUGUGGCACUACGGGCACCUCUGCCUCCGCUCCCUGCUCUACAACUCCUUCACCAAUGGCGACGUGGUGCUUGACUCCCUCUUCGAGCCGGUCUACUGGCUGGUGGACCACGUCACCCGAUGGUUUGGUGUGGUGUUUGUGGCACUGGUGAUUGGGCUGACGAGCUCUAUUGUGGCCAUCGUGUACAUCUGUCUGCUGCCCCUCAUCCUGCAGACCUACACACCUGCCUGGAUAUGCUGGCACCUCGCCUAUGGACACUGGAACCUCAUCAUGAUUGUCUUCCACUACUACAUGGCUAUCACCACUUCACCUGGGCACCCACCACAGGCCAAGAACGACCUCACUGGCGUGUCCAUCUGCAGAAAAUGCAUUGCCCCUAAGCCAGCUCGCACCCAUCACUGCAGCAUCUGCAACAGGUGUGUGCUGAAGAUGGACCACCACUGCCCCUGGCUAAACAACUGUGUGGGACACUACAACCACCGCUACUUCUUCUCCUUCUGCUUUUUCAUGACCAUGGGCUGCAUUUACUGCAGCAUCAGCGGCUGGGAGAUGUUCCGGGAUGCCUACGCAGCCAUUGAGACAUACUACCAGACCCCACCACCCACCUUCUCCUUCCGCCAGAGAGCUUUCCACAAGAGCGUGGUCUACCUCUGGGUCCUGUGCAGCUCGGUUGCACUGGCCCUGGGUGCCCUCACGCUGUGGCACGCUGCCCUCAUUACUCGUGGGGAAACGAGCAUCGAACGCCACAUCAACAGAAAGGAGAGGCAGAGACUGCAGAAGAAAGGCAAGGUGAGCAUAGCCCACGGCACGGGGGCUGGCUGGGGCAGAGCCAGACGUGAUGUGCCUCUCCCUGUACUGCAGGUCUUCAGGAACCCCUACAGUUACGGCAGCUGGGAUAACUGGAAGGUGUUCCUGGGUGUGGCUGUGCCAAGGCACUGGCUCACCCGUGUCCUGCUGCCCUCUCCUCACCUGCCCCACGGGACAGGCCUGAGCUGGGACUUGCCUCCCUGUGUGACAGAGCAACGCGCACCACUCCUGGCAAUCUGAGGCCCUGUGCUCUGGACAUCCCUUCCCACAGGCAGGGGAGCGUGUGGGGGACCCACUCCACCACUGCAGCUUCCUUUGGCCAAAGUGCCUGGCAGAAGGCUGGCACAUACCGCUGACUGGAGCCGGAGCCAUGGGAAACUCUAUGGACAGUGUUGGUGCCUGGACACCUGCCCUCUUGGCUCUUGGUGGCUGCAGGCAGCCCAGGGGCGAGGUGGCAGAGCUGCUGCUCCCAGCUUCAGCUGGAUGGUGCUGCUCUCAUUAGCACAGGUAUGGGCCAGCAUUGGCCCAGCUCAGCUCUCUGAAGGGUUGGGCACAGAGGAUGGCACCCCCAAGUGCUCUCCAGGGAGUCUUUUUAAGACCAUCUAGUAAAUAUUGUUUUUUUUUUAAGGGA